UAGCAAGUUGUAAACACUUUCCAUUGAUAACUCAAUACCAAGAGACCUCCAUUUUCUGGAUGAGGACACUGAGACCCAGAAAUGUGAAAUGAUCCAUGGUCAUGCAACUGGAAAGUGGCAGAGUCCAGGGCAAACCAGUUACUCAGCCCCACCAAAUAACUCCUGUGGCUCCCAGGCCUGGCCAGAUCUUGCGGGUUACCCGGAUGAAGACACACCAGUGCAGAGGACUUUUAGGAGCACUUUACAAUCAAGUCAAUGCAGGGCAGGAUAUUGUACAUCACUGCCUGGAAGAAGGCCAAGCACUCGGUGUCACCCUUAGCCUGGCACUCCUGAACCACCCAGGUUAGAGAAGGGAGGCAGGUGGUACCAGAUGCUGGGUGUGGCCUGAGGCUCUAGUCACCCAGAGGUGACUUUUGGGUGUGUCACCCAGUUCACUGAGCUCAGAGUCCUGCCCCCUGCCCUUUCUGGAAGAAACAGCCAGGCUUUCCGUAAACACUUGGAGGAGUGGACGCUAAUCCACCCGGAGCUUUUGAAACUGCUCCCAGAGGUUGAACUCAGACUAUCUACAGAAUUCUCAGUACAAGGCCAGAGAGCCAUUGCAGUGGAUAGCAGCGGCGGCCAAGCCUAAAGACCCAAGUUCGCUCCCUGGGACGCACACGGUAGAAAGUGAGAACUGAUUCCCACAGGUUGUCCACUGACCUCCACACACUCAAACACAUCCACAUACAACAAAUAGUAAGUGUAACAAACUUUUGAAAGAAAACAACAGGGGCACUAACAAAAAGGAGUAGGGCGUGGCUGUCCAUGUCUGUCUCAGCACUCUGGAGGUGGUUUGAGGAUCACCAGUUCAAGGUCACCCUCUAUUUUGUAGGGAGUUCAAGGCCAGCCUGGGCUACUUGAGACCCCAUCACAAAAAAAAAAAAAAGAGGAAGAAGAGGAAGAUGCAUGCAGCCAGCCACGGUAGGCCCCACACGGUGCCAGCCAUGCACUUUUCUAGGGUCCUUUGGCCCAUAGCUUCGCGCUUGCUCACGAACUUGCCAGCUGGGUGGCGUAUCCAUCCCCUCCUUCCACCGUGCCUUCCCCCGGCUGCAGCCUCUUACUGGCCGUGACUGCGCAUGCGUGCCGACGCCCCCUCCAGCCCCGGAUGGGAGGAGGGGGAUGGAAGUGAGGUUGGGCCCCGCGGCUUUGCUGGUCUCCUCCUCUCUCUCCUUCCCUCGGGCGGCGUCUCUCUCGGCGCUCACAGGGCGGUGCAGAUCCGAAGGUUGCAAGAUGGCACACAGGUUUAGCUGAGACGGGAGGGUUCCGGAGCCCCACCCCCGGGAAGAGGCCGCCCUGCAGGUCUCCUUGUCCUCUGAGGUUCCCAGUUCUAUACCAGGGAUGCGAUUUAUCGACCAGAAGGACAGGGUGGACACCGCAUCCAUGGACUGAGACUAAAGGCUCUCACCCCUGUCUCCAUGAACCUGGUAAUCACCGGCUUCUUCCUCGCCCUCUGCUCUGCUGCCCCUGGUUCCUCUGCCAGCAAGAUGCUGGGUGGAAGCUUGAAUUCCGAGGCCAGGAUCUCGGAACCUAGUCUCACUUGCCAGGACCCAGUGACCAAAGGAGUUCCCCACCAGGACCUGCUGAAACUCAGCCAGCCCGGUGCAUCUGGGAGCGUGCCCUCCCGGCCCCGCCGGCGGCCCCCACCCCAGCGCCCGCACCGCUGCCCGGACUGCCCCAAGGCUUUCUCGUACCCGUCUAAGUUGGCCACGCACCGGCUAGCCCACGGCGGCACCCGCCCGCACCCGUGCCCCGACUGCCCCAAGGCUUUUUCAUACCCGUCCAAGCUGGCCGCACACCGCCUCACGCACAGCGGAGCUCGCCCGCACCCCUGCCCGCACUGCCCCAAGGCCUUCGGCCACCGCUCCAAGCUGGCAGCACACCUCUGGACCCACGCGCCCGCCCGCCCCUACCCGUGCCCCGAUUGCCCCAAGUCCUUCUGCUACCCCUCCAAGCUGGCGGCCCACCGCCACACGCACCAUGCCACCGACGCCCGCCCCUACCCUUGCCCGCACUGCCCCAAAGCCUUCUCGUUUCCCUCCAAACUGGCGGCCCAUCGCCUGUGUCACGACCCCCCAACUGCGCCCAGCAGCCAGACCACUGGCAACCACCGAUGCUCCAGCUGCGACCAGGCCUUUGGCCAGAGGCGCCUCCUGUUAGUUCAUCAACGCAGCCACCACCAGUCCGAGGGCCAGGGAGAGAGGGAGUGAGCAGUGGGUCCUCACACCCCCUCGGCCUCCAUCACGUGUCAAUAAAGACCUGGAAUUUCUAA